AUGGCAAACGAUCGUGAAAUAUUACGUGAAAUUUGGGAGGGUAAAAUUCCAGUACAUUUCAAGCUUUCCGCAGACGAAACUGAUGUUGAACCGGAAGAAUAUUUUCUCCUCAUACCCCGACUGAGUUAUUUGCCACUUGUCACCGAUAAAGUAAGGAAACAUUUCCUGCGGCUUGUUUCGAACGAACUACAGGAUGGCGAAAUGUGGAUGGACAGCAACGGAAUACCACUGAAGUGGCAUUUUCCUAUUGGUGUUUUAUAUGAUUUGCUUGUUGGAACUGAUGGCACGUUGCCUUGGCAUGUCACAGUACACUUCUCGAAAUUUCCUGAUGAUAUUCUCAUUCGAUGUCCCAACAAGGAACUUGUUGAGGCACACUUUAUGUCUAGUCUCAAAGAAGCCGAUGUGUUGAAACAUCGUGGUCAGGUGGUUUCUGCUAUGCAAAAAAAGGAUCACAAUCAACUAUGGUUAGGAUUAGUUAAUGAUAAGUUUGACCAGUUCUGGGCUGUAAACAGGAGACUUAUGGAACCAAUACCCGAUCAGGAUGGUUUCAAACACAUUCCAGUUCGGUGCUAUGCCGAGGACGGUACAUACCAACAAAAACUAGUCGCACCCAUCUCUGCUGCAGGGCAAAAGCGCAUAUUGCAAGAUCUUUUAGAAGAUUUCUCUUCACCUGUUAGAAAAGCAGUGGAGGCAAGAACCCAUGGCGUUACGGUCCCGGAAUCGACUCCGCUCCAGUGGCUUUCGGAGCAUCUAAGCUAUCCGGACAAUUUCUUGCAUCUUUGUCUAUCGUACGCCUAAGUGUGCGCCCUGGCACAAGUGAUCGUUGCCGUCAUCUCGUCGCUUGCCACGUCAUAUUUCUCUCUUCUCUACGCCUGUAUCAAUAACCGGUCUCCGUUCCCCGGAGUCGUCCUGGCGCCCUUCCUGAAGGCGAUCACCCAGGGGCAACAGGCUGUAUCUGCCUCUCAUCUUGGUGGUUCACGCGAUCGCGAUGGCGUCAUAUUCAUUCCCACGCAAGCAAGGUUAAAAAAAAAACGGACGCCGAUGUCGCCUCAAACACAACACCGUACACUGCGUACCGGCAGACAUGAUGGAACCAUAUCUCAAACCCCAAACGCCUAAGCAACCCGACCGCGCAACUGUCGACGGAUAAACGUGGCAAGAGGUCCUCUAGUGUGUGCAGUACUUCAAGGUGUCCCUUCGUACGAGCUGAACCAUCUCUUGUGAGCAAGCAAGCAAACUGGCCAGAUAACGCCCCACAAUCCAACCCCAUCGCUCGUUGUCGCUCGUAUCGCAUCAACUAGUCGUUUGGGACCGCCGUGUCGCGGUCGCCAUUUGGAGCCGUCGCCUGUGCUUGCUUGACAUUUAUGUCUAAUUAUACGAUUAUCGUUUCUCUUUUUCGCGGCGUUUCUACCGCGCUUUUCUGCCUGCGCCGUGCCAGCACCAUUAAUGUUGUCAUAAUAAGAAGGUAAAAUAUAUGCAUUGC